AUGAUUUCAACAAUUGGCACAACAACAAUUCAAACAACUACAGCACCAAACUCGCUAGUCAUGAAUCCUACGUCAAUGUUGGUAGAGAUGAAAAGCUUUAUUCCUUCUUCAUAUACUUUUGAGACAGAAAUACAAAGAAUUAAGCAAGAACUUUUAACAAGUAAUUUAGACUGUAGUGCGAAAGAUGAAACAAAUGAACAGUAUCUUUAUGACAUGCAGGACAUUAUUGACCAUUUACCCAAAUUGCCUGAAAUUCAGCAGCAAAAACUAACUAUUCCUGAAUUCGAUGAAAUAGAAGUGAAACCAACUGAUUCAGUAGAAAUAAAGAAGUUCAUACGUAAAGUAAACUAUGAAUUCCUUGGUUUUCAUUGCAACCAUAAAGUUAUGAACAAAGAUUGCGACAUGGUAUAUAAGAACAUCUCUGACAUAUAUAAAUCUGGGGAGUUUAAGACAUACGACAACUUUGUUUCAUUAGUUGCUGAAUGUGUAUGGCAGAUAAGAGAUAAAGAUAAAAGAUGUAAAAUAUGGAAUGGACAAAUAAAACCAACAACUUUUGA